AUAUUAAGUCUUGUCUUCUAUUUACAUGACUUUCACGACGAGAGUGGCGGCAAAGAGUUGUCACUCUUGUUAGUAGUGUUGCGUUUGUGGCGAAUCUUUCAGAUAAUUAAGUCAUUGAUAGAGGAAUCGCAGCAAAAGAUCAUUCAAACGCUGAAUGUAUGCGAGAAAGAGAGGACACAUUGCGAGCAUAAGAUCGAUAUCUUGAUCCUGAAGGUGGAGGACUUGGAGCACGAGGUGGCGUACCUGAAGGAGAAGCUCAAGAAGACCGAGAAAGACAACACGUCUUACAUCCAGCAACUCAUCGACUCGAAGCCAAAGAAACUGAACGCCAAACGCACGCAAUCGUCGCAAAGCUACUGUCCCUGUCGUAAAGACAGCUUCAAAAACACGUCUAAACCACAGACAGUCAAACAGAAGAGCUGUUCUCAAGUCAACUACACGUUAGUUAACAUUGAAUCUCAACCAUUGAUUCCUAAACAUGUAAUCAAUGAUAACCAUAACGAAGAUGUCGAGGAUUUAGACGUUUUCGCUAAGAAUUUGGCCCAAAGUAUUACUAUUGAUGUCAUGAAUGCUGUUAUCGACAAAACUAACAGCCAUUUAAUGGAUUCAAUAAGUGAUUGUUUAACUGAUGCACAAAUUUACACAAAAAUCAAUUCAAUGCAAAGUUUAAGCAAUAAAACUCCAAUCAAUCCGUCGUCUUCGCGUUCAUCACAUAAUCAAUUCAUUAGUAAUUCUGUCAUUCCGUCACCCAUUUUGAACGGAACAGACAUUUAUUCAAGCCUUCAUCACCUCAUCACAGAACCUCAUAAUCAGUCAAACCAUUACAAACCAAAUCAGUCCAAAAAGACCGCAACUUUUGACUCGAGUUGUGCCGCACAUCAACUCAAUAACGAGGACUCGGAUGUCGAGCGCAUCAAAAAAGUCGAGUUUAACAUUAAUGACCGGGACAUUCCUCUGAGUUCUCUAUAGUGUUAAUAAUUUCAAUAUUUAUAUAAUUGAAAGUAAAACCAAAUAAUUAUCAAAUAUAAUCUGAUGUCAAAUCUAUGCCAAAGUAUUAUCGCAACUGCACUGCUAUUGUAUCUAUUUAUUGAUGAAAUGUUAAGUUUUUUAAAGUCUAGUCUUUUAUAAAACUAUA